GAGGCAGAGGCCGCGGCGGCCGUUAGCGCUGUCGCUCCGGGGGCCGCGGCGGGCGGGGCUCCGGCGGGGCCCGGCCUAGUUCCCACCCCAGCCCGGCUCCCAGCCGCCCGCCCUCCCUCCCUCUCCCCGAUGCAGGGGGCCGAGCUCCGGGAUAGCGAGGCGGCAGCGGCGGCCGCUUCGUACCGUGUCCUGAGCCGCCUUCUCGGCUAUGGAGAGGCGGCCCCGGAGCCAGGCCCACCGCCGCCGCCCCCGGGCCAUGGCCCCCCGCCGCCACCCUUCCUUGCGCGGUCCGGCCCGCGGGGCUCCCGGCCGCCGCAGCUGAUGGUGUUCCGCAACGUGGGUCGGCCGCCGGAGGAGGAGGACGCGGAGGCGGCUCCAGAGCCGGGACCUUCGGAACUGCUGUGUUCCCGGCACCGCUGUGCCCUAGACCCCAAGGCCUUGCCGCCGGGCUUGACGCUCGAGCGGUCCUGGGGCCCGGUGGCUGGGCUAGAGGCGCAGUUGGCGGCUCUGGGUCUCGGGCAGCCGGCAGGGCCGGGGGUCAAGACGGUCGGUGGGGGCUGCUGCCCGUGUCCGUGUCCCCCGCAGCCGCCCCCUCCGCAGCCCCAGCUGUCUGCUCCCGCCCCGCAGGCCGGGGAGGAUCCCACGGAAACAAGCGACGCCCUGCUGGUCCUGGAAGGCUUGGAAUCGGAGGCCGAGAGCCUGGAGACUAACAGCUGCUCGGAAGAGGAGCUCAGCAGCCCGGGCCGUGGAGGAGGAGGGGGCAGCCGGCUUCUGCUGCAGCCUCCAGGCUCCGAAUUACCUCCGGUGCCCUUUCCGCUGCAGGACUUGGUCCCUCCAGGGCGCCUGAGUCGAGGGGAGCAGCAGCAGCAGCAACCCCCACCGCCGCCGCCUCCUGGUCCCCUCCGGCCUCUCGCGGGCCCAUCUCGGAAGGGCUCCUUUAAAAUCCGCCUCAGUCGUCUCUUUCGCACGAAGAGCUGCAACGGUGGCUCAGGCGGUGGGGAUGGGACAGGCAAGAGGCCUUCUGGAGAGCUGGCUGCUUCAGCUGCGAGCCUGACGGACAUGGGAGGCUCUGCGGGCCGGGAGCUGAACGCGGGUAGAAAACCCAGGUUGACAAGAACUCAAAGUGCCUUUUCUCCAGUCUCCUUCAGCCCCCUAUUCACAGGUGAAACGGUGUCACUUGUAGAUGUGGACAUUUCUCAGCGGGGCCUGACCUCUCCACAUCCUCCAACUCCCCCUCCUCCUCCAAGAAGAAGCCUCAGCCUCCUAGAUGAUAUCAGUGGGACGCUGCCUACAUCUGUCCUUGUGGCUCCGAUGGGGUCUUCCUUGCAGUCUUUCCCCCUACCUCCGCCUCCUCCACCCCAUGCCCCAGAUGCGUUUCCCCGGAUUGCUCCUAUCCGAGCAGCUGAGUCCUUGCACAGCCAGCCCCCCCAGCACCUCCAGUGUCCCCUCUAUCGGCCUGACUCGAGUAGCUUUGCAGCUAGCCUCCGAGAGUUGGAGAAGUGUGGUUGGUAUUGGGGGCCAAUGAAUUGGGAAGAUGCAGAGAUGAAGCUGAAAGGGAAGCCAGAUGGUUCUUUCUUGGUACGAGACAGUUCUGAUCCUCGUUACAUCCUGAGCCUCAGUUUCCGAUCACAGGGUAUUACCCAUCACACUAGAAUGGAGCACUACAGAGGAACCUUCAGCCUAUGGUGCCAUCCCAAGUUUGAGGAUCGAUGUCAGUCCGUGGUAGAGUUCAUUAAGAGAGCCAUCAUGCACUCCAAGAAUGGAAAGUUUCUCUAUUUCUUGAGGUCCAGGGUUCCAGGACUGCCACCAACCCCAGUCCAACUGCUCUAUCCAGUGUCCCGAUUCAGCAAUGUCAAAUCUCUCCAGCACCUUUGCAGAUUCCGGAUCCGACAGCUUGUCCGGAUAGAUCACAUCCCGGAUCUCCCACUGCCUAAACCCCUGAUCUCUUAUAUCCGAAAGUUCUACUACUAUGAUCCUCAGGAAGAGGUGUACCUGUCUCUAAAGGAAGCGCAGCUCAUUUCCAAACAGAAGCAAGAGGUGCUGGAGCCCUCCACGUAGCGAGAGGCCCCUUGUUGUUCAUCACCAAGGGCAUUUAGUUGCCAAGCUCUAGUUUGAAGAACCAAAUGAAGCUACCAUGGAAAGAAGAACUAGGAAAAAAAAGAGAGAAUAGGAAGGGUUAGGAUUCUCUGCGCAGACUUUGUUUCCCCCACAGUCCUGGGGCUUGGAAGAAGCACACAGCCAUAUUCUGAGUGGGGCUUCACCAUUCAACUCCCCCCAGUACUCCAGAACUAGAUGAGCUCCUUGGAAAACUGGAAGUAGUCUCAACACUGUCCCUCCACACACACCAAGAAGUUUUGGGUUUGAUAUUUGUAUUUCUUAGAAUGGAAAACUCACUUUGAAGGCAGCUGGGGUUUGUGCCUGUUGAAUUGAAAGUGGUGCGAAGGGUGAGCAGGUCCAAAGGACAAGGAGCACAGAGGGGUUGGUGGUUCAGAUGGUGCCAAAGGCAGAGUUAGGGUCCACACUGUGGGCCUUGAGGGAGGGAGGAGCCAGAGAAGUGUAAAACAGGAUUGGAAGUUUCUAAGGGAAGGAGAAACUGCUUCUCAUUGCCAGCUUCAGUAGGAGCAGGAGAAAAAGAGAGAGUGGUGAUCAGAAGAGGAAAUUAUUAGACAGAAACUGGCAAAUACUUUGCUAGGAAGUAGUGACUCCCUGCACCCUUUCCUUUUAAGUCUUAGGAACCUAAUUUCAGAAUCACCUCUCUUGGAAGAUGUAUUUAUUUUGUUUUAUUUAAUUCCUUAAGCUCUGUGACCUGAAGUUAACCCCAUUCUCUCUCCACCCUCAGUUCAUUCCCCCUCAAGAUAACUGUACAUUUCACUCCAGUCAUGGUAUGACAUUCCUAUUGCUUUCAUCAGCUGUCAAAGCAAUAGUGUUUCUCAGCACCUGAGCAGUUCAGAGCGCCAGUCCUGGGCUGUUGAGGUUAAUGGAGCAUGCUUCCAAAUUCUUCAUAGCAAACUGUACCCAUGGCUUAGGAGUCAGUGUUGCCUAUAUCUGUCUUUCAGCCAGUAAGAGGGAAUGUGGAGGAAGGUGAGAAACAGCUAUUGUGCUCUUCCCAGAGGAAUCCUCAGUGUCUCAACCUUAAUGGGAUUUCCUUAGAACAUCACAUCUCGUGUUUUUUAGUUUAUUACUGUCCCACUUCUGGGACAAGGUGGCAAGGGCUUCUUUUUCCUUUGUUCAUUCUAGCAAUCAGACAUUUCCUGAGUUAGAUCCUGUUGUCCUCCAUUCAGUGGGAGGUUUCUCAGGUGCUGAUUUGAGAGUUGCCUAUUUCCCAGGUGAACAGGGAAGAGGGAGGAGAAAAACUCAGUGCUUUUCAGUGAUCUUUAAUUAUGCCUGCAGCUGUCCAUUGCCAAUCAUAUAACAUUGCGAGUUUGCUUUCCCAUAGAAUUACUCUGGGGAAAGAUUUGCUGUUGAGAUGUGACAGUUGAGCUCUAUUCCUCUUCUGCAGUAAGUGCUCCAUGAGACUGCCUUUUGGGUUCCCUGUGCUAUAUCUGCCUCAGAUCAUGAGAUAAAUAACAUUGUUGGGUUUGUGGUUUCCUGAUGGUUUGGGAGUGGGGCUCCUGUGUCUUGGUUAUAUUAUCGGACUGCCUCAUACGAAAGCAUUGGCUGGCCAGUUUUCCUGGUAGUUUAACAGAGAAGAAAUAUGCAUCACUACCUGGUCAUAAAGAAAUGGCCCACAAAAUGGGCUUUGCAGCAUCAACCCAGCCUAUAGCCUACUUCUUUUAAUAUAUGUUUGUGUGGCUCUGGGCUAGAUUAUGUGGAAAACAGGAAGUAGAAGACAUAUUCCCUAGUCUAGGAGAGCUUUUAAGUGACUGCCAUGCAUGAAGCAAUUGGAGAACGACUCACUGUGGCAGAGAAUCAAGGACUGUCUUUAAAGACAUUUAGAGUGGGUGAGAUUAGGGUAGACCAGAUGGUCUGGGAAAGCUCUGUGGUGAUGAGGCUUUGGGUUGUAGGCAAGGGCAGCACAAUGAGAUGAGAACUACAUGGAAUAAAAGCAAGGAAGCAGAAAUGGUAUGGCAUGUUCUGAGCAGUGCAUGGCCUCCUUAAAACAACAGCAUUACAGAAUCCUACUUCAUCACAGUGGUGUACAAUGAAACUUUCUGUCAUGAGGCAGGUUUGAAGACUGAAGGGACAUGAUGGGAGGUGGAAGCCAAAGGCAGAAGUCAGUGUGGUGCCUGUUCAUCACCCAGGACCUCACUGUUGAUUAUUGUCAGCUCAGGCUCUGUGAGGUAGCAGACAGUAGUUAAUAGUGAGUAUCCCUGUGGCACUGAGGUUUCCACUGGAGAAUUCAUACACUCAGGUACAAAAUCAAACCAGCUGCAGAGGAAUGACUCAACCUCAUCACUCCCCUUCUCUGUCUUCCUAGGGAAGAGUGUUUUAACUGCAUCUGUGGUCUGUCUGCUUUAUAUACCUGACCCUUCUCAUAGAAUGGGCUGCAAAACAGCAGUGCAGUAGACAGUCUCUAUCAGGCAUGUGUUUGGUGCCAGUAGAGGUGGCCUUGUGUAGAGUAAGUUAGGUAAGCAGUGGGGGCAAGGAGGCUGGGGCAAUUGACUGAAUUGCUGGCUGGCCAGAGAGUCCGCAGAGGGAGCAGGAGGAGGGCCAGCAGUCCGCAACUUGGAGUUCACCUCUUGCCAGUGCAGGGUCAGUGCCAGUGGACAAUGAGU